AGGGGAAGAGGAGGAGGAGGGUACAGUACGUUAGCACACAAUGGCGGUGAAUGAAGGUUGGAGAGCACUUUAUGUACCAGGGAGAGUGCGUAAGAUUCGAACAGCCUGAGGUCGGGUGCCAAGGAAGAAGGAAGAGGGAUGAUGAGUCCCGUGCGUUGCAGAAGACUAGUGAUGACACUGUAGGAGGUUUGUUACAGCUAUUAUCUAUCUAUCGGUAUUGGGAUGUGCAACUGCAUCAGUGCAACUUUGGGAGUUGAUGGCAAAGUGACAGAUCUGCGGCUGCUGCGUCUCUCCCUCUCUCUCUUCUCUCAUAAUGAAUAAGUGAGUGCAGAGCAGCCAGCAAUCUGACAAAUUUAGGGACAGUAGUAUAUCGGAAGAAGAGGCUCGACUUUCAGGUCCGGGCCUGGUGCCACUGCGACGAAGACGACGCACGUGCGAAUGUGCCCUAGAUAGGAAGCGCAAAGCACGAAGGGCGAGAAGAAAAGUUGAAGAAGGGAAGCGCUCCUUUGUCAUUCUCUUCCUGGCCCUCGUUCUCUUCUUGUCUAUUGCUCCUGCUGCUGCUCUUCGCCGCUGCCGCUGCUUCUGCUCCUCUCUCUCUCUCUCUCUCUCUCGCGUCCCUCUCGAGCUCGCGUUCCAGGCCAGACCUGCUAGUGCGAUUAGUCCUUGGACUCUGAAGGUUGCAGGACAGCAGUGUUGUCUCUGAGACCUGAGCGCUCGCUCACUCGAGCAUUCGUUCUAAAGGGCAUCCGGAGUGUGUCGAGAAGGUGGGAGCCGGAAGACUCAGGCAAGAGAGAGGAGAAUAGAAGCUAAGGGAGGAGAAGGGAAGGAAAGGGAGACAGGGUUUAGUUUUAUUUUUAUCGGCCUCGAUACACAAAAGGCCGGUCUGCGCGCAGCUCCACAAAUUAUCGUUGUUUUAACCACAGCGAUGGCGGGGUGGAGCAGGACUCCGGAGAUCACAGCCAUGGCUCUCACGCACCCCGUGCCUUUCGUUGUCGUCUGCAUUCAGUUGUGCUCUCUCUCUUCUAAAAAUCUGCUCAACAUCGAGUAAACCGUGGACAUGGAGGAAAGGGUGGGGGUGUUGCCGCCUCCUGGCACCCCACCAGAGAGUGCCGGAAGAGGGGCGGCUGACCAGGAUGGCACGGCGGUGGCUACUCGAAGCAACAGAGACACGAUGACUAGCGCUCACAUGCGUCGUAAGAAAUGGAGUGAGGAGGAAGAGGAGACCUUGAUUUCGAAGUAUGGUGAGCUUUACCGGGCAGGUACAUUAAAUCGGUUGAAGACUCGAGAGAAGAAAUUUGAGCCUAUAGCUGCACAUGUGAACUCGCUGCAUCAUUGCCAGGACAAGGUCUCCUUUCCCUGGGAAUGGACGUGGCGAGAUUUGUCCGUGAAAAUUCAAAACAUGAGACAUCAAUACCUUGGGGUGAAGCAAAAGAUUCGUCGUCCGCCUGACUCCAAAGGGGUGCGAGAGCAGGAGGAGUAUGACUGGCAGGAGGGCAUUGUACACUGGUCCAAUUUCCUCAAGUACAAAGAAGUGUUCGGAGACUUAGAGCUCGAGUCGAAUGAGCUGGUGGCCCGAGGCGUCGGGUCUGCCACCAAUCAUCUCAAGUUCGAGGGAAAGGGGCAACGAGGUCGGAGCCGCUUGUCGAGCAAGUCCAAGGUGCGCCUGUUCAAUGGGAACACCACUCGCCUAGCGGGCGAGGGCGGUGGAGGAUCUCUCCCUGCAGGAGGGGUCGUGGAUAGAGGAGACAAAGCGGCCCCUGGUGAGCCCGGCCCCCCUGUUCUGAGUCUGGAGUACGAGUGGGAUGAGGACGAUGACGCAAGGGACGACGAUGAUGAGUUCGGGUCGAAGAAGAAGAAGCAGAGAAGGAAUCAGGGUAAGGUGUCCGCCGACAGCGGAGGGUGUGUUCUGUCCGAGGGCAAAAUUCUCGCGUUUCUAGGAGCUUACAUCGCAGAUCAGAGGGAGAGGGAAGCUCAGAGGGAAGCGAGGGAGCGCGAGAGGGAGGACGCAGAGAGGGAGAGGGAGCGUAAUAGGCUGGAACGUGAGAGGAUUCGCGAGGAGCAGGAGCGAAAAUCGGAGCGAGAGCGAGAAGAGCGAGAGAAGGCGCGCGAGGUGGUGGAGCGGGAAAGGUGGGAGGAGGAGAGGCAGAGGGAGCGCGUCUGGGAAGAGAAGAGGGAGAAGGAGAAACAGGAAUGGAGGGAGCGAAUGACAACACUGCAGCUCGAGCACCAAGCCUCCAUGAUGCAAAUGCAAGCUCAGAUGGUGCAGAGCCAACAAAACAUGGUGUCGCUCCUUCUAGGCUUUUUCUUACAUGGGGGCCAGGUGGGCGACAAUCCUGGCCAAAGAAACUCCUCCCUUAGUCCUAUAGCAUCUCAGAUUCUUCGCAACUUACAGCAAUUAUCUGGUGCAACGGGGCAAGGAGGCGAGCGCAAAGCCGGCAUCGAAGCCACCACUCACUUCAUCGUGGAUGGCGAAGUAUGCGUAACUGCUACUGAAUAAAAACCCAUACUUCAUUUGAGAGAGCCAGGGAGGAAGAGAGUGAGAGAGAGAGUUGUCAUCACGCAGUGCCUGACGUAGUCUUUUGGCGAGACAGACCUGCCGACCUUCAGGUGAGACAAUUAUGAUGCUUAUUACAUACGUAAAUAUACAUUAAGGCCCUAAUACUUUGUGUGAGAUAUAGUAAGGCAGGACAGAUUGAACAUUCCUCAAAAGUUCCAGGUGUUGGGAGCACGUCAGCACAUGUUACUUGAAGCAUCUGGAGUCAGUCUGUACUGCAUCGUCGUCUGUUGAGAAGAAGUCUGAACUAGUGGACCCCUUGUUAACUGACGCGCUGUAAGUUGAACGUGUGACCGAGUCUGUCUGAGAGCGGUUCCGGAGUGCGAAAUUCGCUCGCUACUGAAAACGCAGACUUGCAACAUGCGAUGGACGGGUAGCAUGGAAGUUUACCAUGGCAUAGAGGAGUCUUACUCUGGUCCUUUUGGUUUCAAAUUUCGUAGUUUUCAGCCAGAUUGGACUCCACUCGUCCUCUAACCGAAUCUCAUGUCUGUCUCCCCUUCUUCGUUUGUCCCUUACUUCGUUUGGGCGCACUGCUAUUUCGGUUGUAGUAAGUCUUGAAGACUGAAGCAUACGACCAAACUCAUUUCCUUAAACUUUAUUGUCAUAUUUUUUUUACAUAUUGUCCUGGUGAAAUUCACAUGUGAUGGAAUGCAAUUAUGCCGACAUACGUGACGAUACAUCUACAAAUGUAUCAGAUUUUCGUGGCUUAUCAUUGCCUUCAUGGUUUAGUUGGACCUCGUUCUGCAUCUUCCUGAAUUAUUAGGAAGAGCCCUAGGCUGUAAGGUGUUGUGCGCUUCAGGAUAUCCUCGUUCUGGUUGGUUGAUUAUCGACUUUAGAAUUUAGUCGAGUUCUGUAGGAACCUGUAAUUGGGUAUGAGAUUCACAUAUGUCAAUGCUUAGGAGAAACCUUACAGGACUUUUGCAACGAAAAAGCUUUUGCCGGCAAGGUAUGAUGUAAGAGACCUCCAGUUUUGCAAAUUUUCCGAAUCAACAGUGUGACACUAUCUCUAAUUU